AUGUUCACAGACGACUCGUCUAAGAAUUUCGAGUCAUUUGCGACCGCAGAUUUCUUCAGAUCAGACGACAAUCUAGGAAUUCGCUUCGAGAACCUCGAGACAUACGACGACACCCGGUUGUUGCUUCAGUACAAUUGCCCAGAUGGCGACUGCGAUGUUGCUUGUUUGGGCUGGCCAGACUUGCACCGACAUGUCAAGACGGCGCAUGGAAAGGUCAUGUGCGAUCUUUGUACACGGAACAAGAAAGUCUUCACGCAUGAGCACGAGCUCUUCACAUUUGCCGAACUUCGGAAGCACCAAAAGUUCGGAGACGACAACCCUGGGGCCAUUGAUCAAAGCGGAUUCAAAGGUCAUCCUGAAUGUGGUUUCUGUCGGCAACGAUUCUACGGUGACGACGAGCUGUACACGCAUUGCAGAGAAAAACAUGAACGCUGUCAUCUCUGCGACCGCCAAAACGAGGGCAGAAAGCCGCAGUACUACCUUGACUACAACGAUCUCGAAGAUCACUUUCGAAAAGGCCAUUUCCUUUGCCCAGACAGGGAGUGUCUGGAAAAAAAGUUCGUUGUUUUUGACUCGGAAAUGGAUCUUAAGGCACAUCAGCUGGAGACACACCCGAACGGACUUACAAAGGACGCGCUGCGAGAUGCUCGGAGAGUGGAUAUGUCGGGAUUCCAAUUGCGAUCACACGAGCAGGAACAAGACGGAAGGCGCGGUCGCGCAGGCAGGGAUGGAAGAGGCGGCAGGGGGGGACGAGGACGAGAUCCAAACUCAGAGCCGCUGCCGCCAUCGUCAGCUCAGCCAAUGACCAGGGCCGAGCUUGCUUAUCAGCGACAGAUGGCUUUGCGGAAUGCAUCGUCAACGGCCGGACCACCUUUGGGCGGAAGUUCUUCCGCAGGACCUACACCCAUGGAAGCAUUUGCAGCUCGACCUCGACCGUCUGGGAACGACCCACCCACCGUGACCGUAGCACGCCCCGCAAGGGCCUCCGCGAACGAUGUUUCGAAUGGUAUUGGCCAAAUAGAUAUAAAUGCGCCUGCGCCAAACGCCGUACCGCAGACUCCCCAGGAGCAGGCACGUUUGCUACGACAUAGUGCGGUGACGGAAAGAGCUUCGAACAUGCUACGUAACGACCAGACAAAACUGCAGGAAUUCCGCUCAAGCAUCUCGGGCUAUCGUAAUUCCAGGAUAACAGCGACGCAGCUGAUUGAAGGCUUCUUCGCGCUUUUCGACACAAGUUCCACUGAGCUGGGCAAGUUGGUAAAGGAGUUGGCAGACAUAUUUGAAAUACAGCCAAAGCGCGAAGGGCUAUUGAGGGCAUGGAGCGAUUGGAAGGCGAUCAAUGAAGACUAUCCGUCCCUUCCUGGAUCGGCCACGGGUCAGUCACUCAAUGGCGGGCCUGCAGCGCACGGAGGAUCCAGAGUGUUGAAGCUGAAGAGCUCUACUGUGCAGUCGUCACGGUCAGCAGUCAACAGGCAUGCGAGCUGGAACAACGCGGCGCCCAGCAGCGCGUUUCCUGCCCUACCCGCGCCGUCGUCGAAUCGUAUCGGGGCGAAACCAGGCCAGACGCCCUGGGCAGCAUCUUCGGCAUCCCCUCGCAUUUCGCCCAUGCCGUCCCGUGCUACAUCGUCAGUGGCCUUGACCAAGACCAGCCUUGCGGACGCCUUCCCCGCUUUACCUGCCGCUCCGAAACCAACGAGCACCUUCUUCAGCCCUGGGUACACAGGAGCAGGCGUCCGAAGAGACAAUAGCGGUCGCAACACACCGGCCAAUGCGUGGAGCGCAGCAGGAGGGAUGGCUUCAAGCAGCACAGCGCUGGCAGCAGCUGGGGAGGAAGCUGGAGGUGGGAAGAAGAAGGGCAACAAGAACAAGAAGCAAACGCUUUUCCACUUUGGCUAG